GCAGCGGCCGCCCCCCCGGGCAGAGAGCUCCGGCAGCCGCGGCGGGGACGGCGGCGACGAGGGACCAUGAGGGCUCCGCUGCUGCUGCUGCUGCCGCUGCUGCUGAUCGGUGUCAGCUCUCAGGAUGUGACAACUAGUGCAAGUCCAGGAGAAAAUAAGCAGGACCUGACUACAGGCACAAGCACAGUGCAAGGGGACAACCCUACAAGCAAACCAGGAAACACACCAACCACCCCUGUGACAUCACCUGUUGUACUUCAAAGGUCUAACCCUACAAGCAAGCCAGGAAACACACCAACCACCUCUGCAGUAUCACUCACCAGUGUCCAAGGAACCACCCCUACAAGCAAACCGGGAAACUCCCCCUCCACCUCUGCAACAUUAACUACUGCAGUCCAAGGGACCACCUCUACAAACAACCCAAAAACCCCAUCACCUGCCCCCACAACAUCACCCAACCUGCCUCAGCAGGUCAACUCUUCACCAGGCUCUGGAUCCUCAACUGCCGCCCCUGCUGCAGCCACCACUGCGACCCAACAGACCAACCCUCCAGCCAACUCGGGAAGCUCAGCAGCCACCACUGCAGCAAAUCCCGUUCCAGCUCAUGCCAGCAACCUUACAACCACUCCAGGAGGUUCAGGGACCACUGUCACAUCCUCUCCCAGCACAAAAUCUCAGGGAAGCCAACUUUCAGAUCAGUUGGCCAGCACCGCUGUGAGCACCACAGUUCCAGUGAGCCUUGCUCCUGGGCUUAAGGACCAUGGUGACUCUUCUCCCACAUCGGUCCCUAAGCAGCCUCACUCUUCUUCCAGUUCUCCAGACCAGGAACUGGCCACUUCCACCAGACCUGAAAGCACCAACAUUUCCGUUACACCUUUUGACAGACCCAUCUCCCCCACCACUUUACAACCUGGCGACAAAAAGGUCUCAGAGGCAGCCACCACAUCGACUCUUGGAGCAGACCAGAGAAGCCAGGACACCAGAUCUGUGCCAACCAAACCCUCAAGUGCUGACCAGAGCCCUGCCAGUACACAGCCUUCAGCUCCAGCCCCUGGGGACCAGACAGCAAGCAGCAGUCCUGGCUGCCAACACCCUAACACUUCCUUCCAAAAUAAGAUCAUCUGUGAAGACCAGAUGCAAAAUAAUUGGCCCACCACUAUAUACCUGAAAGAAGCUAGGAACUGUGCCGAGUGGAGGAUGGUCAGCACCAACAUCUCCUUCUUUGAGAGCUUCUGCUCGACGGGCCAGCACGUCUUCAACGCCAGCAGGGAAACGUGCACGGUGGUGCUGACCUCCCGCGAGCCCCGCUCCCAGCACUGGGCCGUGCAGGCAGUCGUGCACCUCCCUUUGGACACUGAAAAAGUCCUCGAGGAGCUGAAGGAGAAGAAGGACAAGUUAGAGGAGCUUGGCAUCGCCAACAUCACCUAUGACAAAAUGGAGAGGGAGAUGGUCAUCACCGACGAGUUCAGCACCCCCCUGAUCAUCACCAUCAUCACCCUGGCUGGCUCCCUGCUGCUGAUUGCAGCCAUCUAUGGCUGCUGCCACCAGCGUUUCUCCCAGAAGAAGGACCAGCACAUCCACCCUGAUCUCCCCGGGUUUGAUGAUGGACAUGUGGCCCUGAUCUUUAAUCAGCGCCUGACCGAGGAGCUGCAGACAAUGGAGAAUGGCUACCACGAUAACCCCACGCUGGAGGUGAUGGAGACCUCCUCUGAGAUGCAGGAGAAGAAGGUGAACCUCAACGGCGAGCUGGGGGACAGCUGGAUCGUUCCUCUCGACACCCUCAUGAAGGAGGACCUGGAGGAAGAGGAGGACACGCAUUUAUAGGAUAAAGAACUCAAGCAAGCAAAAAAAACCCCAACAAACCACCACCACUCCCCCCAAAACAAACAAACAAACCCAUAAGCCCUACACACAAUUCCAAAACAAGGCAAAAUUCCCAACAAACCCCAGAAAAUCCCUUAAUGAAUUAAUCAUGGACCCUCAUGCCACCAUGUGGGGGUGCAGGAUGGAAGAAGAAGGGACACAGGAGGGCAGGUCCAGUGCACGUUGUCAACACAAGCCACCACAGCGGCUGCAUCUGGAUGAGCAUCCUCUAUCACCUGUGGGUGCUCAGCAGGACCUACCACACCAGAAAUGACCAGCACUUGGAGAAUGGGAUGGCUUUGCUCCUGAACAGCUGUUGGUGUCUCCUCUGAGCGUGUCCCCUCCCGGCCUGUGUUCAACCACACCAACCUCCAGCUAUCGAGCCACUCAAAAAAAAAGAAAAAAGAGAAAGGAAUAAACGUCAAUAGGAUGGGAGAGGGGAGCACAACUCCCAGCAGCAAACCAGCACCUGGCAAUUAGAGCUAGAAAAAUCUGGCCCACACAGUUUAGUCAUCACUCUGCCCUCCCUGACACGAAACGCCCAGGUAUUGAGAGGAAAAAGCUGGAACAGCCUGUUCCUUUUGAAUCCAGUUUCCAUCCUCUCCCCAUAAACUUCUGGCCAAAGUGCACAAGAGCCUCAGGUUGUGCCACAGGCAAACAAAUGCAUCCAGACCUGGCUGGAUGUAGCUGUGCCAAGUGAUGCUCUGUCCUGUGCCACUGUCAGUUGUGCCACAAAGGGCUGCAGGAUGGAUCCUGGGAUGGAUCCUGCACCCAGCUGGAGACCAGGAAAGGUGCAGCAGUUUCUUGUAUCGACGCCAAGGGUAAGGAGAGGAAAAAGAGUAAUUCCUUGAGUUCAUCCCUGCUAGGAAGGGUGUAAGGAGAUGAAGAGUGAUGCCUGGUUGCUAGCCCAGGCAGGAGGUUGGGGGGGUCCAUGGGGGAGGAGCUCAGGUCCAGCACAGACCAGCUCUGCUGUUGCAUUUCCCUGCAGAAGUGUUGAUCGCCUUCUAGUAAUUAUGCAGCAAUAUCUCAUAGCCCAUGUCCAUUUUCCCCUGAGGGUUACGUGAUGGUUUGUGAUUUUUGUGGUCAUGUAUUCCUGCAAGAGCAGCAGAAGAGACAAAACAGAAGCAGGAGCCAGGAUAACUUGGUGGUGUUCAGGGUUUUCCAUUGGUGUUGCCCUUGGUGUUUCCUCCCCACAAGGUUUGUAAGCUCAGUUCACAUCCUCAAGCUCUUCUUUUGAAGAAGUAAAAUAGCAAAGACCUGCAAAGAAAAUUCCAGCUCAGCAGCAUGGCUGGGACUGAGCUUUGCCCCACAGCCCUUGGUCUCUGGUCCAGAUCUCCCUUUGCUCUUAGAAGGGGGAAAAAAGGCAAAAGCAGAAAGAGGUUGGACUGAUUUCCUGCUCCCCAUCACAGUUUCUAAAUGCUCUAAAAGGAUGGGGAGAGUUUCACAUCUUUGCUCUGGCUUCUGUGAAAGAGCUCAGCCCUGGCAGAGGCAGGACCAGAGGCGGGGAGGGGACCAGAAGGUCACUUGGGCGAAUGCAUCUCCCCACAGAUGAGGAUGGUGGUCCUGAGCCUUCUGUAAGGCAGAGGAGCUGCAGAUGGAGAGCAGUGCCCCAGCACAGCCUUUCCUCUCCCCUUCUUGGCACAAACCAUCCAUUCACCAGUGCUCAAUGGGGUGACUUCCUAUGGGCUCUGCCACCAGGUCAACACGAUAGGGAUCCACUCCCAAGGCCACUCUGAACGUGGGAAGAAGUGGAGCCAAGCAACAGAAAGCCUGGAGAAACCCAGGUCGAGCACUCACAUGGGAGAGUGGUGGGGUGGUUUGCCCAGCCCCAGGACAGAAGCUGGCAGAAGAUACAUCUUCUCCAAGGGACUAGCUCUUCUCCCUGUCUCUGCUGCAUCAAAAGGCAGACUUUGAAGUGUUCAAACCUAUGUAUUUUUGUAUGUAAAUAUUCCUGCUAUUCAUUAGCAAUGUAUUCAGCACACUUCACUUACCUGUGCACUGCACUUCGGGGGAGUAAUUUUGGAGGGGGGAGGGAAUUAACAAAAAAAAAAAAAGAAGAAAAAAAAAAAGCUAAAGGCCAGUCUGGUAGGGAUCAAAAUUCACCACCAAGCAGGAAAACACCUCCCACGUGGAUAACCCCACUCCACGGCUUUCUCCCUGCUCCGGCAGAAUCAAGUUCAGCUCUUACAAGUUGCAGCAAGGCUCAAAGAAACAAGUCUCAGCGUUUGCAAUUGGCUGUGUGAGCACGUCUGCUUCCCAGUUGCCCCGAGAGACGAGCGGCAGGUCGGUGACCUCGAGAUUCUGUCCUUCCCAGGAAACACAGGCAGGAAAACCAGGGGGCAGCAGCAGGGAUUUGGCCGCCGGGGCUGGCAUUGCCGUCAGGAUGCUCCUGGCAGAGCAUCUCCAGGCAGUCGGGUUUGGGAAUGUGCCUAAAGAUCCCCCUUCACAGCAAAGAGAUGCCAAAGUGCUUUAAUGAAUCAGGUCCAAAGACUUUUCCAGAGAACCCUACAAAGGCUUGAGAUCAAGCAACCUUAAAUCUUUCCGAGCAGAGACCAGUGAAGACACUAACUGCUCAGCAAGUGCUUAUAGUGAUUUAUAUUUGAAUAGGAAUUGUACAUUUAUUUAUUUUUCCAGACACCGUAUUUUUAAACCACUAAUAUUUUAUAGUAGAUUUUCCUUCCCCUAUUUAAAGAACUAUUUCCAUGGGAAAAAAAAAAAAAAAUAAAAUAAAAGAACCAAACCAACAGUACAUUUUUUUUUAUGUUGAGAACAUUCUUUUUGCAAAAAGAAAAAAAAAAAAAACAGGUAGGAAAUGCAGAAAUGAGCAUCUUUGGCCUUAAUCCUUCCCUUUGUAGACAGUAGCCAUAAUUGUUAGACCAAAAAUAAAUUAAAAAAAAAUAUAUAUCUACCCAGGCGUUUCCUCCCUCCCUGCCCCUCCUCCCUUCCCCAAUCUCCUCUUCUCUCUCCCAAAACAGCUUUAACAUCCAACACGUUGUACAAAAGAGAUGAUUGCCCUUACCUUUGGGUGAGGGUUUUACAAGCAGCUCAGAUGUCCUUGCAAAAGCCUUUUCUAUUUUCAGAUUCAUGAGGAAUGUGUAAAUAUUUUAGGGCCAUUUAUCUCCUGCUCACAGUGCCGUGACCCAACUGUGACUGUUGCCUACAGAAGACAUACAGGAGAAGACAUAAUCCAUAAGGGACUGACUGCAGAAGGAGAAUUUAUUUCCUAAGACAUAGGAACCCGUUGAACCUUGCACAUAUACUAGAGCUCUUAUGUACUGUAUAGCAGCAUCUUUCACGGGGACAGGAGUCUGAUUUACACUGGAAUUUACUGAGUAACUGGAUUGUAGAGAUUAUUCUUGCAUUUUCCUACAAAUAUAUUUUGAAAGCAUCAUGUAUUUCUGUCAAUAAACAUUCUUAUGUAA